CAGCUGGCCCAUGAUGAAUUGCAGCAACUGUUGGCGAUCCUCCCGGAGCAUGUGACCCGGAAACUUCGGGAACAGGAAGCAAUUGAUGACCUGUUAGAAGUUGUCCUCGACUUGGGCCGCCUGCCUGAAGCCCGGUUCUCCCACGGCGAUGUACAUCUGGGGGAUGACUUGGUGAGUCGGGAAGACCUGCAAUACGUGGUCUCCGGCAUCGGCAAAUUCGGCGACGAUAACCGCGCCGGUAUGGAGCGAACCCUGCAUCGGAUCUCGGCGAUCCGCAACCGCGGCGGCAACGUGGUUGGCAUAACCUGUCGUGUUGGUCGCGCCGUUUUCGGCACCAUCAAGAUCAUUGAGGACCUGGCCUACAGCGGCCAGAACAUCCUGCUCCUGGGUCGCCCCGGCGUCGGCAAGACGACCAUGCUCCGCGAGGUUGCCCGUGUCCUCGCCGACGAAGCCCGCAAACGCGUCAUCAUCGUCGACACCUCCAACGAAAUUGCCGGCGACGGCGACAUUCCGCACCCCGCCAUUGGCCAUUCCCGCCGCAUGCAGGUUCCGACCCCCACCGAACAACAUGGCGUGAUGAUCGAGGCGGUGGAAAACCACAUGCCCCAGGUCAUCAUCAUCGACGAGAUGGGCACCACCCAGGAAGCCAGCGCCGCUCGCACCAUCGCGGAGCGCGGCGUCCAAUUGGUAGCCACCGCUCACGGCAACACUCUCGAUAACCUGAUCAUGAACCCCACGCUGUCAGACCUGGUUGGCGGCGUGCAGACCGUAACUCUGGGCGACCAGGAGGCCCGGUUCCGCGGCACCCAGAAAACGGUCCUCGAACGCAAGGCCCCUCCCACCUUCGACGUCGUGGUUGAAAUCCGCGACUGGGACGAGGUGUUGGUCCACGAGGACGUCGCCCAGGUCGUUGACCAGUGGCUUCGCGGAUAUCCCGUCGAACCCGAAGUGCGCCACAUGGACACCGAGGGCAAUGUGUCCCGGACCGCCGCCUCCCGCCCGAGCGAGGUCGGGCAGACCCCGUGGUCGGCAAACGACAUCCGCGGCCGGCGCGGUCGGAAGCGGUCCAACAACGGGGAAACUGAGUACGACAGUUAUCCGGCAGAGUCCUUCCGCGACGAACCCGACACCGGCGGUUCCACCAGCCGCAGGCUGGACGCCCGGAUAUUUCUUUUCGGCGUCAGCCGCGACAAGGUCGAGGCAGCCCUGGCCGAGCGUGAGGCCACCGCCGAAAUCGUCAGCGAACUCCGCCGCGCCAGCCACCUGCUCACCACCAAGAACCAUUACCGCCGGGGCAGCCAGUUGGUGCGCAUCGCCGAGAGCAACAAUGUGCCGGUGUAUGUCCUACGCAAGAACACCGUACCCCAGGUGUCCGAGUUCUUGACUUCCGUGGCCCGCGAUCAGGGCAUAGACCUGGCUCCGCAUCGCGGCCGCCACGAGGACAGAGAGGAGGGCAACGCCGACGCCAUGAACGCGGCUCGUGCCGAGGUCGAGGACGCUGCCCAGCGGGUGCUGGACGGCGAAUUCAGCGUGCAGCUCGGCCCUCAACGUCCCUACAUCCGCCGCUUGCAGCACAUGCUCGUCGAGGAGUUCAACCUCGCGUCCACCAGCCGCGGCCGUGACCCCCAGCGCGGCGUGCUCAUCUACCGCCCGUAG